ACCUAGAUCUCUCUCUCUCUCUCUCUCUCUCUCUCUACUCUCUUUCUCUCAACUCACCAGACCAAUUCCAUGGCGGGGAAGAGGUUAAUUCAAGAUAUAGAAUUCGAUCAGGAAAACAAAACCGAGAAACGGACGAAAUCUCUACCAUCCUUAACCUCUGUGGUUCGAGCAUUGAUUACAGAGGACAACAUGCAAAGCUUUUCUUCAGCCCUAGAGCCCCUUCUUAGAAAAGUUGUAAGACAAGAAGUGGAACAUGGAAUAAGUAAAAGACUACGAUCAUUUUCUCGGUCAUCGUCGUUUCGAGUUGAAGCUCCGGAGACUCCGACAUUAAAGCUAAUGUUCCGUAAGAACUUAAUGACACCAAUAUUCACCGGGAGUAAAAUAAGUGACGUGGACAACAAUCCACUUCAGAUCAUCCUUGUUGAUGAAUCAAACAAUGAUCAUUCGAUCGCCCCAGCGAAUCUCGACCGUCCGAUCAGACUAGACAUCGUUGCUCUUCACGGAGAUUUUCCUUUGGGUGAUAAAUGGACCAGUGAUGAGUUUGAGCGUAAUAUCGUCAAAGAAAGGGAAGGGAAACGGCCGUUACUUGCCGGGGAAGUAACUGUGACGGUGAGAAACGGCGUCGGAACGAUCGGAGAUAUUGAGUUCACUGAUAAUUCGAGUUGGAUCCGUAGCCGCAAGUUUAGAAUUGGCGUGAAACUUUCGAAAGGGAGUAGCGUUCAAGGCGUUGCGAUUUGUGAAGCCAUGACCGAAGCGAUUGUUGUUAGAGAUCAUCGUGGAGAAUUGUACAAGAAACAUCACCCACCAAUGUUAGAAGACGAAGUGUGGCGGCUAGAGAAGAUAGGCAAAGAUGGGGCCUUUCACAAGAAGCUCUCUUCUAAAAACAUCAACACUGUCCAAGACUUUUUGAAGUUAUCCGUCGUUGACCUCGACGAACUCCGUCAGAUUAUGGGACAAGGAAUGUCUGAUAAAAUGUGGGAUGUCACAUUGAAACAUGCUCGAGAGUGUACUUUGGGAAAUAAGCUAUACAUUCACAGAGGACCUGAUUUUUUACUGACCUUGAAUCCGAUAUGCGAAGUUAUGGAAGCAUUGAUCAAUGGUCAGUUGUUUUCCAGUCGAGAAGCGCUGAAUCAGAUCAAUAUUAAGAGGUUAGUUCGACAAGCUUACUCAAAGUGGAAUAUGUUAACAGUGGUCGAAAGAAAAAUGAACGAGAUUCCUCUUUUGACACAAGGUGAUACUUUGGACCAACGAUAUGCUGCAAACCACUAUCAGAACACCGAAAACAACAGAUCGUAUCAACAAAACGGAUAUGCUCCAGAGAGAUUGACGAACAAUUUGGAGAUAAUAAGCGAAGGGUUUAUUACAAAUCCGAUGGAAUUCGGUAUAUGUUUCAAUGUUACUGGAUCUUCGUCCCAAGAUCAUAUAAACCCUUUCGAAAAUCCUCAUCUACGUUAGAAUUGGAGUACGAAGCCUUUUCUGCCUUCACCAUGAUUAUUAGACUCUUUCCAAAAUAAGGAUUUAGUUUACUUCUCGGUAAAACAUGGGAUAUCUAUAUAUGUGAAUCAUUAUUGUACAGAGAUAUAUGUGUGAAAUUUAGAAAAAGAGUAGUAAUAUUUUUCGUUGAAUGGUAUACUAGUUGUUUAAGUUUUCACGUUAAAACGUGACCUGUUGCUUUUUUUUACCAUUCUCGUUAUUAAUCAAUUUCAACACUUGUGUUUUUAAAAAA